UCCACUAAAACCAGCAGCAGCAGCGGCGGAGGAGAAUCAACAUGAAUCCGAGGCGCAGCGGCCCGGAGAUGGACGGUGCGUAAAAACCGACAAACCGAUAGAUCAACUAUCGAUCAGUGAUCGGAUGUCAGCCAGGAGCGGACCGGGAGAGAGAAGAACCGGAGGGGAAACAUGAGUCGGCAGCAGCAGCAGAUCCAGGGAGUGGUUCUAACGGGUUACCACAGCAACGCGGAACUGGUGCCGCAAACGAGGCUGUGCGCGUCCAGCUGCCCGCAAGUCCCGCACGUCCCUCAGACCGCAGAGCCCAGUCGCAGGACCGGCCACUACACGCUACAGCAGAACCAGAACCAGAACACCCAGCAUGGAGACAGGUAUGGACCUUCAGAUCCCAGUUCCAGCUCUGCACCGCAUCCCAGAUCUCAGCCGUCCUCCAGCCCAAAGCUGGGUUCAAGCCCCCGACAGAGUCCCAACUCCAGGCCCAGACCCCCACCCACCUAUCAGCGCUACAACUCUCAGGACUCUCUGGACGAGCUGGAGAUGGACGACUACUGGAAGGAGGUGGAGAACAUUAACCGGUCAGGAGGAGGAGCACCCAGAGGAGAAGGUGGAGGAGACGGAGAGGUUCAAGAGGAGGAGCAGCAGAAAACUCCUGAAGCCACACUGGUGUCACAGCAGAGAACCUUCAGCUGUGGACUGAAACCACCGAGGUCCACCACAGGAAACACCACAGGAGGUCUUUUCUAGCGGUGGACACC